GAAAUGACAGCGAAGCCCCUGUGCUAGUUAAGUAUGAGCCGCCAUACAAAAUUAAUUUGUGGCAUCAAAUAGGGGCAAAGUUCCAAACUUGCAGGGCAGCAAAACUGUUUGAAUUUUUUUUUUCACUCUGCAAGUGACCUACUUUUUCCUACAAGUACCCACUGGUAUCAAUUAUUUUUUGGGGGAGUUUGAGUGAAAGUUUGAGCAAAAAAAGAAAAAAAAGGCCUGUAUUUGAAGCCCCCAAAUAAAUUUGGGGGAAUAUACAAUUUGGAGCGCUCGUGGCUUCGAGUCCUCCCGAAUUCGCGCACCUCCUCUGACAAAUUGGCACAGGUUGUGGUGUGGAAAGUCGCAUGACUUCUGGAUUUAGAUUAUGCAAGGAGUGUAUUAAGUUCUUGCAUGGUGGUUGGUCUUGGGCUCUUUUGCUCCUGCUCAAGACCAACUGACUGUUCAUCAGAAGGUGAAAAUGAGUGCCGAGCCAAAUCCCCGAGACAUGAUGCACGAAGCCCUCAAAGCAAGGGAUGCAGCAGAGCGCAAGUUCCAUGCGGGUAACAUCAAGGGUGCCUGGAGGUCAGCAAUCAAGGCGCAUAACUUAUGCCCAUCACUUGAUGGCAUAUCUCAGAUGGUCUCGACACUUGAGGUUCACCUUGCUUCUGAGUCAAAGACUGGUGGGGAGAGCGACUGGUACCGCAUAAUGUCUCUCAAUGCCUAUGCCGAUGAGGAGGAGGUGAAGAAACAGUACAGAAAACUAGCUCUCCAGUUGCACCCAGACAAGAACAAGUCGGUUGGUGCAGAGGCUGCCUUCAAACUUAUCUCAGAGGCGUGGAGUGUGUUGUCUGACAAGAGCAGGAAGAUGCUCUAUGAUCAGAAGAGGAGAGAUCAUCCCGUCGUGAAUGGGGCCAACGGUUUGUAUACUUAUGAUAAGAAGGCAAAUAAGCGAGCUCGGAAAAGUGCCGCAGCCACCUCUGCAGUAGCUGAGGCUACUACUCGUCCUGCGGGGGUGGACACAUUCUGGACAUCAUGCAACCGCUGUCGGAUGCAGUAUGAGUACUUGAGAAUUUAUCUGAAUCACAACCUUCUUUGCCCAAACUGUCACCAUGCAUUCAUGGCUGUAGAAACUGGAUAUCCCUGCAAUGGAACCACUUCUUCGUUUUCCUGGACAACCAAGCCACAGCAGCAGAAGAACCACAAUACUGUUGAUCAUUCGUAUAACUCAGCGAGCAGGACCUCAAGCAUUCCAGGCACAGGACAUGGAGCAUACCAACAAGAGAAUACUUAUGAGUCCUACAAUAACCAAAGUUUCCAGUUCAGUCAGUACCCCAAGACAACAGAUGCUGCUGCUAAUGCUUACAGUACACAGGCCUUGGAGAAAUCAAAAAGAAAACAUGAGGAGAACUACAUAUACAAUUAUUUUCCUAGUGGCAAUGAGUAUCCAUCAAGGCGUGGACGGCAUUCAAACAGGAGGCGCAAUAUUAAUAAUUGUUAUGCAUCCGUGGACUGUAAUGGGGAGACUGUGGCUGCCACUGCAGAUACUACUGUGAUUGCUGAUACAGGAAGGGUUAAUUGUACAUCAGGGGAGAAGUUUAGAUCUGCAGUAAGUGGAAGAAAAGCUAAUGUCUUGAGGGAGAUCUUCCAACUUGACACCCGAGGUCUUCUUCUUGAAAAAGCCAAGGCAGCAGUUCGGGAAAAAUUACAAGUUUUGAAUAUUUCAACAUCUACCCAGUUUAAAGCAGAAAGAAAACAAAAGCAUGUUGACAACAAUUUAAAGGUUAAUGGUAUCCUCUCUGAUAAUAGAAUCAACAAAUGCAAGAUAUACAACUCAAAAGAUGCUGAUGUUGAAAUUCUUGCAACUGAUGAAAAGAAUCCGGAACAGAAACGUGUACCUGUGUCCAUCGAUGUCCCAGACCCAGAUUUCCAUGAUUUUGAUAAAGAUCGCACAGAAAGAGCUUUUGGCAAUGAUCAGGUAUGGGCUACAUACGACAGUGAAGAUGGCAUGCCUCGUCUGUAUGCAAUGGUGCAGAAAGUUAUUUCAAUGAAACCUUUCAGAAUCCGUAUGAGCUUCCUCAAUUCUAAGUCCAACAGUGAACUGGCUCCAAUAAGCUGGAUCGCAUCAGGUUUCACAAAGACAUGUGGUGAUUUUAGGGUUGGAAGAUACCAGAUUACUGAAACAGUAAACAUUUUUUCCCACAGAGUUAGCUGGAGUAAAGGUCCUCGGGGAAUUAUCAAGAUUACACCACAGAAAGGUGAUACGUGGGCUUUGUACCGGAACUGGUCUCCUGAUUGGAAUGAGCUUACACCUGAUGAUGUGGUAUACAAGUAUGAGGUAGUAGAAGUGAUUGAUGACUUCACUGAAGAGCAAGGUGUGACUGUCAUCCCACUGCUGAAGGUAGCUGGUUUCAAAGCCAUCUUCCACAGGCACACUGGCCCUGAUGUGAUCAGAAGAAUACCAAAGGAAGAGCUUUUUCGCUUCUCACAUAGGGUUCCUUCUCGGCUGCUCACUGGGGAAGAAGGCGAUAAGUCUCCAAAAGGCUGCCAUGAAUUGGACCCUGCUGCAACUCCAGUUGACCUUCUUAAGGUUAUUACGGAUGUUAAGGAAGAUGCCGCGCAUGGAAUUGCCGAGUAGAACUCAACUUCUGUGGCCUCCGAACUUGCAGUUACUAGCUAAGCAUGGGUGCAGUGUCAAUAUGCACUUCACUGAACAUGACCAGUCAGCAUGGCUCACUAGCCUUGUUCUGUCAUCUAACUUCAAGGUGAUGCCGAGGACUAUGCUGCAAGGGAAAAUAGUUAUUAUUGAAGACUUGACUAUUAUUACUUAUUUAGGCAUUUCUAACACUUGAUUUUAUUGUAAUGCCGUUGUUGCAUAGAGUAAAAGAUUAUCGGGAUGUCACUUAUUAUGAUGAGGCCAAUUCUCAAAUGAUGGCAGGCCUCAUGACUUGCUACGAUACGAUGUUAGUUAAAGUAAGAGCGUAGUUUGAGACUGCUGCCAGACUUUCCUAUGUAUCCGCACUGUCUUCUCAUUUACUUAUUAUGUUGUAUUUUCCUUGAUCCA